ACCAGUGCAUCUUACUGUCUUUUUAUAAAUCGUACAACUUGCUGUGGUUUCAUUUUCGGCCUGGAAAUAUACUGGCCUGCUCUACUCUGACAGCAGUAGCAUUUAGACAUACACAGACAGGUCGCGUCUUUAAUGAAACCGCUACAGUAGUGCAAGAUGGAAACAAAAGAGAAAGUAUCGAUGUCUUUACGUUGGUAUUGAUCAAUAUCGUUACCAACGUUGGUAUCGAUGUCAUCGAUAUUUCGAUCGAUGCUCUCACCACUACUACAGACUGAACUCCUCCUUCCAUUGCAGUUAAUUCAUUGCUGUAGUUUAUAUCUACAGCACAGAAACGCGUCCGAUGCGCAUUGCGUGUGCAAUUACUGAUACAAAAAGAUUUUUAAAAAAUUAAGUGAACACAAAAAUUUCACAGCUAGUCUCGCCGGCCACCGUACAAUUGAGUGAGUCUUCUCGCGAGUUUUCGUAGUCGCGAGAACUUAUUUGCCGUGAAGCUAACAGUUUCUUGUUAGCGUUGUUGUGUUGUGACAGAUUCGUAGCCACCUAGAUGGACGCGACGACGCCCGUCUGUUUCUAAGGGUUGGUUUGAAGAUGUAGCCAACAGUCGGUGAUCUCUACAGUGUCUAAACACGCCUGCACCUGGAUAAACGGUGACCCUCUGCCACGCAGACCCUGGAGGUCUUUGACCCCUAACCAGGGGUGCUUGACUCAGCCGUCCUCAGUCAGCCGGUUACUGGUUGAAGACCCUGCUGUCCUCUACCAUGCUGUUCUCCCUGAGAGAACUGGUCCAGUGGUUGGGCUUUGCUACUUUUGAACUCUUCCUCCACCUGUUAGCAUUGCUGGUCUUUAGCAUGCUGGUGGCUCUGCGAGCUGACAUACCUACCCUCAAACUGAGCUGGUGGCUGGUGUUCGUCCCGCUGUUUGCUGCGGACGGCCUCAGCACCUACUUUACGACCAUAGUGUCCAUCAGGCUUUACCAAGAGAAUGAUAAGCGCCUCGCUGUGCUGCGUCUCCUCUGGGUGCUGACGGUGCUCAGCUUGAAGCUGGUGUGUGAGGUUCUGCUGUGCCAGAAGCUGGCUGAGCAGGAGCAAGCCCGGGAGCUCUGGUUCGGCCUCAUCGUGUCGCCGCUGUUCAUCCUCCUGCAGCUGCUGAUGAUACGAGCCUGCCGCGUCAACUGAGGGGAGGCAGUUAGUCGCUUUCACAUCACUGAAACACAAGAGCAGAGUAGUCGCCAUCUGCCGUUAAGAGAUUUAAAGCAUAAAAGUGGUGUUGUUUUUCUUUCGGCUCAUUCCCACAUAAUUAAACACACAAAAAAGCUUUUCGUGUUCCAAGUCACACCAAAAUCCAAUUUCUUUCUCAGAGCAACAAAAUAAAUCCUAGCUUCACUUGUUAUGUUUCAGUAUUUCAAAAUAAGAAGCAAUAUUUUGUGUAUUCAGUACCAUUUAAUGAAUUGUCUGAAUUUAUUCUGAGCUCAUUUUCUAUCAGGAUAAAUCAUGACUUUAUGUUGUUACGUCACCUUUUGGAUGACAAGGAGUGGCUGAAAACGUCAGUUGUGUAUUUGGAACAUAGUAGUGCCUAUUUGUGCAAUCAGUGGUGGAUAAUGAGCCAUGAGAACAAAAAACAAACAAAAAAAUGCUAGAUUUGUGUUUUAAUGCGCUUGUGCACAUGGUAAUGGAAAUGAAAUAAACUGGUGAAAGACGCUGAUGUCCUCGACAACAACACACAGGGAGCUCAAUGAGUUGCUGGUAUCGUGUUGCAUUUUUCUCCACCAGAGGAAGACACUGUUUGCCAGCAAAAAUUCAGUUAGGUUUAUUUUACUGUGUCACACUUUGUUGCCUGUGGCUGGGAGUGUUGCUUUUACAGUGUCCCCUUCAAACUACCAAGCUUGUCUACUCAUUCUGUGAGAACCGCCUACGGUGGAAGAAGGUGGUUCUGUCAACUCACAGUCUUGCUCUGAUGUAGAAGAACUGAAUGUGAGUCUCACAUGCAGUGGAAUGUGUCAGAAAUUGCUUGUUUAUUUUCACUUUUUGUAUUUUUAUCAGUUUUUGCUCCAGCAUUGUGUCUGUACUGCAUGUAUUUAAGUCCUCCUUUUAAAGUAAUUCCUGAUGUAAUAUUUUGCGUAAUUUGUAUUUUUUUCUUUAUUUCAGGGGAGGGGAGAUACAAAAUCUUAUUUAUUAUAUUGUGUUUUUUGUUGCCAUUGCACAUUUAUUAUCAUCUGUGUAUAUAUGUAAAUAAAAUGGACAUGUAACAAAUGGCAAAUAGCUGU